UUCUUUCUGGGUGCCCAGAGCAGAGGGGAAGGAGUCUUGACAAGGCCACAGGGGACUGCUGAGCCAGGAUGACGAUGUUCAGACUGGGUGACCAUGUCUGGCUGGACUCUUCCUCCACCAAGAUGAGUGUGGCCAUCGGAGGCAUCAUCAAGGAAACAAAGCCAGGCAAGAUCUUGGUUGAAGAUGAUGAGGGCAAGGAACACUGGAUCCCAACAGAGAACUCUGAUGCCCUCAGACUCAUGCACCCCAACUCAGUGCAGGGUGUGGAGGACAUGAUCUGCCUAGGGGACCUGCACGAGGCUGGCAUAGUGCACAAUCUCCUUAUCCGCUACCAACAGCACAAAAUCUACACAUAUACAGGCUCCAUCCUGGUGGCUGUGAACCCAUUCCAGAUGCUGCCCCUCUACACCAUGGAGCAGGUACAGCUCUAUUACGGCCGCCAUGUGGGUGAGCUGCCCCCACAUGUGUUUGCCAUUGCCAACAGCUGCUACUUCAACAUGAAGAAGAACAAGAGGGACCAGUGCUGUGUCAUCAGUGGGGAGUCUGGGGCUGGGAAGACAGAGACCACCAAACUCAUCCUACAGUUUCUGGCCACUGUCAGCGGCCAGCAUUCAUGGAUUGAGCAGCAGGUGCUGGAGGCCAACCCCAUCCUGGAAGAACUUGGAGUGGUAGCCUUUCAGCAGGAAGUGGCCUUUCAGCAGGAGUGGGGUGGCUUGCAGACCUGCUUACACAGUGGUAGUGGAGUUCAUAGAAUUGAUCAUCUAAAAUGGCACCCAGAAUGGAAUGAGAAGCUUCUACAGCAGGCUCCGGAGGAACGAAACUACCACAUCUUCUACUGUAUGCUCAUGGGGAUGAACGCGGAGGAGAAGUCAUUGCUGGGCCUGGGAAUGCCUUCUGAGUAUCACUACCUGACCAUGGGGAAUUGCAUGUCUCAUGAAGGGCUCAAUGAUGCCAAAGACUAUGCCCAUGUUCGCUCGGCCAUGAAGAUCCUGCUAUUCUCCGACUCUGAGAACUGGGACAUCAGCAAGCUGCUGGCUGCCAUCCUCCACCUAGGGAAUGUGGAGUUUAUGGCUGCAGUGUUUGAGAACUUGGAUUCCUCUGAUGUGAUGGAGUCAACCGCCUUCCCCAUUGCGAUGAAGUUACUGGAGGUGCAGCACCAGGUGCUCCGAGACUGUCUAAUCAAACAUACCAUCCUCAUCCGUGGAGAGUAUGUCACUAGACCCCUGAACAUUGCCCAGGCCGCAGAUCGGAGGGAUGCCUUUGUCAAGGGCAUCUAUGGGCACCUCUUCCUGUGGAUCAUCAAGAAGAUCAAUGCUUCCAUCUUUCCACCACCCUCCCCGGACCCCAACAGUGUGCGGAGGUCCAUUGGCCUCCUGGACAUAUUUGGCUUUGAGAAUUUCCAGAACAAUAGCUUUGAGCAGCUCUGCAUCAACUUCGCCAACGAGCACCUGCAGCAGUUUUUUGUUCAGCAUGUGUUCACCAUGGAGCAGGAAGAGUACCGCUCUGAGAACAUCACCUGGGACUACAUCCACUACACUGACAACCGGCCCACUCUGGAGCUGCUGGCACUCAAACCCAUGAGCAUCAUCUCUCUGCUAGAUGAAGAGAGCCGCUUCCCACAGGGGACAGAUACGACCAUGUUGCAGAAACUGACCAGUGUCCAUGCAAGCAACAAAAUCUUCCUAAAACCCAAGAACAUCCACGAUGCCAGAUUUGGUAUUGCCCACUUUGCUGGCGAGGUGUACUACCAGGCAGAAGGCUUCCUGGAGAAGAACCGAGAUGUACUGAGCACAGAUAUCCUCGCCCUCAUUCACUCCUCGAAAAACAAGUUCCUGAGGAAAAUAUUCGAUCUGGAGUCAGCAGAGACCAAGCUGGGCCACGGCACCGUCCGCCAGGCAAAGGCAGGGAGCCAGUUGUUCAAGCCUACAGACUCCACCAAGCGGCCCUCCACCUUAGCUGGCCAGUUCAAGCAGUCCCUGGAGCAACUGAUGAGAAUCCUGACCAGCUGCCAGCCCUACUUCAUCCGCUGCAUCAAACCCAACGAGUACAAGAAGCCACUGCUCUUCGACCGGGAGCUGUGCAUUCAGCAGCUGCGCUACUCAGGCAUGAUGGAGACUGUGCACAUCCGCAAGUCGGGCUUCCCCAUCCGCUACACGUUUGAGGAAUUCACCUACCGCUUCCGAGUGCUGCUGCCCAGCGCUGAGCGCACACAGCUUCAAGACAAGUUCCGUCAGAUGACCUUGCGCAUCCUGGAUGUGUGCCUGCAAACAGACAGAGACUGGAAGAUGGGAAAGACCAAAGUUUUCUUAAAGGAUCACCAGGACACCCUACUGGAGAUUCAGCGGGGCCAGGCCCUGGACGGAGCAGCUGUCAGAAUCCAGAGAGUCCUGAGGGGCUACAAAUACAGGAAGGAAUUCUUGCGACAGAGACGGGCAGCUGUGACCCUCCAGGCUGAGUGGCGAGGCUAUUGCAACAGAAAGAAUUUCAAGCUGAUCCUGGUGGGCUUUGAGCGCCUGCAGGCCAUUGUUCGGAGCCAUCCACUAACAAGACAGUUCCAGGCCAUGCGGCAGAGGGUGGUGAGACUGCAGGCCCGCUGCAGAGGCUACCUGGUGCGCCAGCAAGUCCAAGCCAAGAGGAGGGCGGUGCUGGUCAUCCAGGCACAUGCCAGGGGCAGGGCUACCCGGCAGAUAUUACAGCAGCAAAAAGCCCAGGAACCGCUGGCCAUCCUGGAUGAAGAGCAAAGGAGACCAAAACCUCUGCCCGAAAAGAAGUGCAAGUCCAUCUAUGACACCAUCACCGACACAGAGAUGGUGGAGAAAGUGUUUGGCUUCCUCCCAUCCAUGAUCGGGGGUCAGGAGGGCCCAGCCCCAGCUCGCUUUGAGGAUCUGGAAGCAAAAACUCAGACACUGCCGGAAAUUGAUCUGGAUACUGUCCCCAUAACGGAGGAGAUAGAAGAGCAUGUGGAUAGCCUGGAUGAGUAUACCUUCCCCAAGUUUGCUGCAACUUACUUCCAAAAAUCAGCCACACAUACACACAUCCUGCGUUCUCUCCGCUACCCGCUGCUCUACCAUGAAAAUGACACAGACUACUCGGCUGCACUGGCCGUGUGGAACAUCAUCUUGAGGUUCAUGGGUGACCUUCCAGAGCCACUCUUAUAUGCCAGAAACAGUGUGAGUGACGACUCAGUGAUGCGGCAGAUCCAUGACAGAUUGGGCAAAGACAGCAUUUUUGGGGGUCCACAGCAUGGUGGAACUGCACAGAGACUGAGUCGCAAGGAAAGAGGAACCAAGGGGAUCUCCUCCAUGAAGCUAAAGCGUUCCUCUAGGAUCACAGGUCAGGUGGCCAGCCAGCUGAACAUUGGAGAGGAAGCAUUUGAUCCUGAUGGUCCCGUCUCAGACAGACCCAUGUCCAACUUGGAGAAGGUGCACUUCAUUGUGGGCUAUGCCAUCCUGCGGCCUGGUCUCAGGGAUGAGAUCUACUGCCAGAUCUGCAAGCAGCUUUCAGAGAACUUCAAAAUGAGCAGCCUGGCCCGGGGCUGGAUCCUGCUAAGCCUCUGCCUGGGCUGCUUCCCACCUUCUGAGAGGUUCAUGAAGUAUCUGCUGAACUUUAUUGAUCACGGGCCGGCUAGCUAUGGGCCUUUCUGUGCUGAACGCCUACGGCGCACCUGUGCUAACGGGGUACGCGCAGAGCCCCCCACUUGGCUAGAGCUACAGGCUGUUAAGUCCAAGAAGCACAUCCCGAUUCAAGUCAUCUUGGCGGCUGGAGAGAGUCUGACCAUCAUGGUUGACUCUGCUUCCACAUCUCGGGAGAUCUGCCUGCACAUCGCCCAAAAGCAGGGACUCAAAGACCACCUGGGCUUCUCCCUGCAGGUUGCUGUGUACGACAAGUUCUGGUCCCUGGGCAGUGGCCGAGACCACCUGAUGGAUGCUGUGGCCCAGUGUGAGCAGCUGGCCCAGGAGCGGGGCGAGAGUCAGCGCCAGUCUCCCUGGCGUAUCUACUUCCGGAAGGAGUUCUUCACACCCUGGCAUGACUCCCAGGAGGAUCCUGUGAGCACUGAGCUCAUUUAUCGCCAAGUCCUGCAAGGAGUGUGGUCAGGGGAGUACAGCUUCGAGAAGGAGGAGCCGCUGGUGGAGUUGAUGGCCCGGCACUGUUAUGUGCAGCUCGGUGCCUCUGCAGGGAUCAAUCAUAUCCAGGAGCUGCUGCCCAGCUGCCUACCCCGGAAGCUGUACAAGACCAAGACCCCAGAGAUGUGGGCUAGCCUCAUCACUGCAGCCUACACUAAGGCACCACACACCCAGAAGCGACUCAUGCCACAGGCUGUCAGGGCACAGGUGGUAGAUGCAGCACUCCUGCAGUGGCCUCUGCUUUUCUCCCGGCUCUUCCAAGUCACUCCAGUUUCUGGCCCCCGACUCCCCAAGACACAGAUGAUCUUGGCUGUUAACUGGAAGGGGCUGUACUUCCUGGACCAGCGGGAGAAGACACUGAUGGAGCUGUCCUUCCCAGAGGUCAUGGGUCUGGUUACUAAUAGGGAGGCCGUGGGUGGACAGAGAUUACUGCUGUCCACGCUGCAUGAAGAGUAUGAAUUUGUGUCCCCCAGCAGUGUGGCCAUCGCUGAGAUGGUGGCCCUGUUCCUGGGGGGACUGAAGGAGAGGUCCGUGUUUGCCAUGGCCCUGCAGGACAGGAAGGCCACAGAUGACGUCACCCUCCUGCCCUUUAAGAAAGGGGAUCUGAUCAUCCUCACGAAGAAUCAGGAGCUGCUGGCAUCGGAGAACUGGACCAUGGGUCAGAAUGACAGAACAGGAAAGACCGGGAUGGUGCCCACAGCCUGCCUCUAUUCCAUCCCCACAGUUGUCAAACCCUCCGCCCAGCUGCUGAGCUUGCUGGCCAUGUCACCAGAGAAGCGGAGACUGGCAGCCCAGGAGAUGCAGCACUCCGAGCUACUGCCUGAGGAGCAGCCCAAGGAGGCACCACACACCCUGGAGGAGUUCUCCCUGCAGUUCUUCAGGGCCCCAGAGAAGGAGACCAUCGGCAGAGCCAGGCUGCCCUUGGCCCGCAACCGGGGCCACCUGUGGGCCUACUCCACAGAGCCGCUCCGGCAGCCCCUGCUCAGGCGUGUCCAGGACAAAGCCGACCUGAGGGACAUUGCCUGCCAGACCUUCCUCGCCAUCCUCAAGUACAUGGGCGACUACCCCUCACGGCAGGCCUGGCCCACUCUGGAGCUCACAGACCAGAUAUUCUCCUUGGCCCUGCAGGACUCCGCUCUGCAGGAGGAAGUCUACUGCCAAAUCCUGAAGCAGCUGACAAACAACUCCAACAGGUACAGUGAAGAGCGAGGCUGGCAGCUACUCUGGCUCUGCACGGGCCUCUUUCCACCCAGCAAGGCACUGCUGCCCCAUACCCAGAAGUUCAUAGACACGCGGAGGAAGAAGCUACUGGCUUCUGACUGCAGUCGCCGCCUGCAGAGGGUCCUGAGGACUGGGCCUCGGAAGCAGCCUCCACACCAGGUGGAAGUGACGGCCGCUGAGCAGAAUGUCUCCCGUCUGUCCCACCAAGUCCACUUCCCCAAUGACACCAGUGAGAUCCUGGAGGUGGGCAGCAGCAGUCGCGUUCGGGAUGUGUGUGAGGCCAUCACUGCUCGGCUCCAGCUGGCCUCCUGGGAAGGCUGCAGCCUCUUCAUCAAGAUCACAGACAAGGUGAUCAGCCAGAAGGAAGGAGACUUCUUCUUUGACAGCUUGAGGCAGGUGUCUGACUGGGUAAAGAAGAACAAGCCCCAGAAAGAAGGGGCCCCCGUGACCCUCCCUUACCAGGUGUACUUCAUGCGGAAACUGUGGCUGAACGUGAGCCCAGGAAAAGACAUCAACGCAGACACCAUACUCCACUACCACCAGGAGCUGCCCAAGUACCUGCGUGGCUUCCACAAAUGUUCCCGGGAGGAUGCCAUCCACCUGGCAGGCCUCAUCUGCAAGGCUCAGUUCGACAAUGACCGGUCUCCGCUGGCUAGCUUCCCCAAGGUCCUGAAGGAACUGGUGCCUGAGAACCUGAUACGCCUGAUGUCCUCUGAAGAAUGGAAAAAGAGCCUCCUGCUGGAGUGUGACAAGCACAGAGAUAAAACGGUGCAGGAGGCCAAGGUGGCUUUCCUGAAGUGGAUCUGCCGCUGGCCCACCUUUGGGUCUGCCUUCUUUGAGGUGAAGCAAACAUCAGAGCCAUCCUACCCAGACAUUGUCCUCAUUGCCAUCAACCGACAUGGUGUGAUGCUCAUCCAUCCCAAGACCAAGGAGCUGCUCAUCACCUACCCUUUCACCAAGAUCGCCAGCUGGAGCAGUGGCAGCACCUACUUCCAUAUGGCUUUGGGGAGCCUGGGCCGGGGCAGCCGCUUGCUGUGCGAGACGUCUCUGGGCUACAAGAUGGAUGACCUGCUGACCUCAUAUGUGCAGCAGCUCCUAAGUGCAGUGAACAGGCGGCGGGGGCCCCGGCCUCCAGCUCUGGCUCACUCCUAGCAGGGGACAGCUCCCUGCUAUCCUCAGUCACCCUCCAACACGGAGUCCUGCAGACAGCCUUCCAUGCUGCCCCUUGCCCCUCCCUCAGCCUCCAGACAGCUCCUCUCUCUUGAGUGCUGACGAUGGAAGCCAAAGGUGGAUGACGGAUGGCUUU